ACAUUAAAAUGAAACCAUAAAUAUAUAAAAUACAUUACAAUAACAUACAAGUUAUAACUAAAGAUGGGGAGGAAAAGAAUAUACUGGGGGGGUGAUUAGGUGGGAACUGAUGUUAAUCGAUCAACCACCUCCAGUGUGAAAUUUCCCCAUGGGGCUCCCUGGUCUUCAAGGCCAGGAUGGGAGCUGAUCUCACCUCGGGGGGACAAGUGCCAGGGCCACGGCAGAGAAGAUUCUUCUAGACCAUGCCAACCAAAAUUCCUUGACUGAUGGGGUCCACAGCAUGGCCCUUUUGCAGGCACAGGUGGGGUGGGCCAGACCCAUUGGGGUGAGACAGUUCCUCAUGCCAGGCAGGCUUUAAAGAUGGUGACCAACACCUUGAAUUGCACCUGGAAGUAAAUCAGCAGCCAGUGCAGCUCUUGCAACUGUGGUGUAACAUGGGCCGCUUGAGGGCCCCAAAAGACUGCCUGUGCCAUUGCACUCUGCAGCAAUUGUAGCUUCUGAAUGCUCCUGAAGGGUAGCCCCACAUAGAUCACAUUGCAGUAGUCCAGGCGUGGGAUGACCAGGGCUUGAAUGAGGGACUCCUGAUUCAGGAGAGGCUACAACUGGCUCACAAGCCACAGAAGACUCCACUAGCCAAAACUGUCACCUGCUCUUUGAGUUGUGGAACCCCCAAGUCGUGGACCAUGUCUGUCUGAGGUAGUGCAACCCCAUGCAAGAACUACAAAUGUUGAACUUCCGGACCUUGACGCUGCCUCCACCCAAAGCCGCGCGGGCCCGGUGCAAUUAAGGCGAAGUCGCUAGGAUGGACGCACGGCUGGCCCUCUUCUGUCAAGAUUCCCACUUCCCCUCCAGCCCUUGGCCGAGGAAACUGCACUUCCCGGCAGCCCCGCAGAAGCCGGGCGGGCGGGGGAUGGAGGCGAGCGGGGGGGCGGCUCCUCCAUCCCGGCUUGGCUGCCGGUGGCUCUGGGCGCGUGUCCGCGCGUGUCCCCGUGCGCGCGGGCGGAGGGCGGGGGGUGGGCCGGCAGGAGCAGCAGCCGCCGCGGCAGGCGAGGCGAGGCAGGGCCCCCUGACCCGCACAGCCAUGGAGAUGCAGUCUUACUACGCCAAACUCCUGAGUGAGCUGAACGAGCAGCGGAAGAGGGACUUCUUUUGUGACUGCAGCAUCAUAGUGGAAGGGAGGAUUUUCAAGGCCCACAAGAACAUUCUCUUUGCCAACAGCGGCUACUUCCGAGCUCUAUUGAUCCACUACAUUCAGGACAGUGGCCGGCACAGCACAGCUUCCCUGGACAUUGUGACCUCAGAGGCCUUCUCCAUUAUCCUGGACUUCCUUUAUUCAGGUAAGCUGGACCUUUGUGGGGAAAAUGUGAUUGAGGUCAUGUCCGCCGCCAGCUACUUGCAGAUGACUGACGUGGUCAACUUCUGCAAGACGUACAUCCGGUCGUCGUUGGACAUCUGCAGGAAGAUCGAGCGAGAAGCUGCCUUCUACCAGGCGGACAGCAGGAGCUCCACUAGCUCUGCCCGCCAAGGCCCAUCCUGCGGUGCCAAGGCCCAGUGCUCAGCCUCCGCUUCCUCUCUGCAGGACAAGGAAGGUGUCCCGGACUGCCCACAAGGGCCUCCUCCCUGUGGGAACUGCAGCAGCUGCCAUCCUCACCUGGACCUCCUGGCCAGGGACCCUGCUGGCCGCGAGUCUCCGGACGGCACCGGUUCCUUGGCACCCAAGGCGAUUGAGCCAAAGGUCGAGUUUGAUGUGGACGAGGUGGAAGUCGGGGAGCGGCUGCUGCAGUACCCCACUCCCUUGACCAUCGAGCAGAUGGAAGAGGGGCUUCACAGGGGGCAGGCCAUGGACCUGGCCUGCAGCAGCUACCACAUGAAGCAGGUUCUCGAAGCCUUGCUGCGCAACAGCGCCUCCCAAAGGAAAGACGAGGUGGUCCACCCUUUUGUGCGUGGCUUUGAGGGCCGGUCAGAAGAUGCCAGCCUGCCCAUGAGCUCCAUGAUGGACAUUCACAGUGACUGGUAUGGAGAGGACACAGGUGAUGUUCUCGUGGUGCCCAUCAAACUGCACAAGUGCCCGUUUUGCCCCUACACAGCAAAGCAGAAGGGCAUCCUCAAGCGCCACAUCCGCUCCCACACCGGCGAGAGGCCCUACCCAUGCGAAGUCUGCGGCAAGCGCUUCACGCGCCAGGAGCACCUCCGGAGCCAUGCCUUGAGUGUCCAUCGGUCCAGCAAGCCCAUCGUCUGCAAAGGCUGCCGGCGAACGUUCACCAGCAGCCUGACUCAAGGCUUGCGUCGCUUUGGCCUCUGCGACAGCUGCACGUGCGUCACCACCACCCAAGAGGAUUCCCUGCCCAUCCACCUCCGCCUCAUGGAGCCUUCCUCCGGAGGGCCAGGGAAGAGCGACCCGGACAACGAGUGGCCCAUCUACGUCGAAUCCGGGGACGAAAAGGAUCCACCCGAGGAUGAGGAGGUCGACCCUGACCAUGAGCAGGGCCUCUAUCAAGAAGCACUGAUGUAGCAGUACCGGGGGGGGGACAAAGGGGGGCUGGGGUGCAGCUGGGAAUCCCUUUUCCUUAUUAUGAAUGGGUGGUCUUGCUGAGGGACUCACACGGUUACCUAAAAUUGCAUGAGGUUAGGGUUUUUUUUAUAUAUAAAUAGAAGUAAUUCUCUUCGGGUGACCACAGAUGGACUCCCAUCAUUCUGAAAAGUCUUUUUCAAUGGUCGUUGCUGUGGACAAUUUAUUUCAAAGGGGCCCCAGGUUCAAGAGUGGGAGCAACAGGGCUCCCAGCUGCAGCUUUGGAAGGUGGGGUGCCUUUUGCAACUGUGCGUCUCUGCUCACCUGGUGCGGCCUCUCUCUUUCCUCCCUGCUGCUGCUUUUACCUUGAGGUACCCUUUGGAUCCAGAAAAGAUUUGGGGGGACAAGUUUCCCUCCCUCAUUAUUCUGAUCUUUAAUCCUAACUUAGAAAUGCAAAACACCAACUUAAAUGGGCGCUUCUGCUCUGUCUCAAGUCAGGUGCAGAUAAAAAGUUUACAAAUUUCUGGCAUAACAACCUUGGGAAUUGCAGCGCACCAGGCACUGACGCGCUUGGUGCUUGAACCAAAAGGGGCCCUUCUGUCUUGUGCUGUGUGUCCCUGGCAGGGCUUCACGGCGGGACUUGCUGAUGGUGGGGCAGAAAGUCUGAAGUUCGUUUCUCAGCAUCUCCAGCUGAAACACCAAGAUCUUUUGCUGCCUGACUGUUGCCUUCAUUUACUGGGCCCAAAGCCGACGGGUGCUGUGGCUGGUCCCACGCCCGCAGUGCAAGCUCCCACGGAUGAGAUCCUGCUUGUUGACCAGGGCCUUUAAAACAACCAGCUGAAAUGAUGAGUCCUCGUGGUUCAUACUCUAAGGAAGAGAGGAAGAAAUAGGAGAGGGAAGCUGAUCGUACUCUGGAGCCCCAGGUGGGGACUGGCGGCCUCAGGUGCCGUUGAGUAGAGCUCCAGCAUCUUCACUGGUGGCUGAGCUGGGACCUCUGGUGCUCCCCAGCAAAGGGCCUGGAACGAGCUUGUCAGGCCAAAGUUAAUAGAACUUUCCCCUUGUGCGUUGCAAAGGUAAUGAAGGUUUUUGGGGAAUGUCCCCAUUCUGGACUUGGUGGGUGGGGGAAAUUGGCCCCUUGCGGGAUCUCCCUUCUGGUGGUGUUUGUAUUGUGAACACCGAGUCAGCAAUGAGCCAUAAUUCUUCAGUUUUCUGGCCCACUUCAGUCCAGGAUGCCUCUUGUUGCACAGAUACACGGUAAUAUGGGUGGAUUGUAAUGGUCUCUGUAUUUGUAUCGUUUUACAAGUUUGUCUUGAGUAUGUUCCAUGUUUUAAAAAAAUAGUUUCAACUUUGCUUUAUUCCUGUUGAUGGUGUACACUAGGGAUUUGGUUUCCUACAGAAUUGAGAUUACUCAAUUUAUGUCCUCUGGUUGAAUUUCUAGAGGCUAUUUAAACAAGCUAGGGAACUAUCAAAGCACAUUGGACGUAACAGAACAAAGCUACCAAACGAAGUCAAUGAAAAUCAAAGUCUAAAAUUGUAUGCGGUGGUUUGUAGCUCCCUUAUUCAAAAUAAAUUCACCUUCUCCAUCCUGCUGUCAACCUUACCAGGUAAACCAGACAGGAAACACAA